AUGGCAAAAAUUAAGCACCAAAAGCAAGUAGGUGAUUCCCAAAGCAAUGCCGGCAAUCACUCUAAAUAUAAAAAGAUUAAUAAUAAAGUAAACACUGAAGCCCUAUCAUCAGGAACUCUUGAUAAAGAAAAUGAAGGAAAAAUGCUACCUUGGGUCUCAGAUACUAUUCUUUUCCCUAUGUCAGUGUUGGGGAUUUAUAUUUGCUACUUCACAUAUGGAUAUCUUCAAGAGGAAAUUAUUGCUGUGGAGCAUGUUAAUGCAGGAGUACCCUUAUUCAUGCAAUACUUGGUAGCUCUAUUGAUUUCAUUAAUCGUGAAACUAGUUAUUUCAUCCAGAAAUAAUACUGAAUUCAAAUUAGUACGGUUCAAAGAGAUGAGACUUGGAUUCAUCAACAGUUGUGCGAUGUUCUCAAGCAAUUAUGCUCUUACCUAUGUUGAUUAUCCAACCCAAGCUCUCUUUAAAAGCUCCAAGAUACUCCCAGUAAUGGGAGUAGGCCUCCUAAGGAAGACCUAUUCUUACUCAUUGAUUGGUAAUAUUUAAC